AGAGAGAGACUGCAGGGACCCGGCUGCACAGAGACAGCAAGAUAUCUGCAGGGAGACAGACAGACAGACAUGUCUCUAUCAGACAUCCGCCGGGUGCUUAUCAGUGACAGCCUGGCACCAGCCUGUGCCCAAACCCUACGCACCCAGGGGGGGAUCGAGGUGACGGAGAGCCCGGGACUGACACAUCAGCAGCUCCUAGGGCAGAUACAGGACUAUGAUGGUCUGAUUGUACGUUCAGCCACCAAAGUCACAGCAGAAGUCCUGACUGCGGGGUCCAGGCUGAAACUGGUGGGACGAGCGGGGACAGGAGUGGACAAUGUGGACGUCGAGUGCGCCACCAAGAAAGGCAUCAUCGUAAUGAACACCCCAACAGGGAACAGCAUCAGUGCAGCAGAACUCACCUGUGGACUCAUUCUAAGCCUGUCCAGGCAAAUUCCACAGGCUGCUGAAUCCAUGAGAGCUGGAAAAUGGGAUCGGAAAAAGUUCAUGGGAUCAGAACUGUAUGGGAAAACAGUAGGAAUCCUUGGCCUUGGUCGAAUUGGGAAAGAGGUGGCUAUCAGAAUGCAGUCAUUCCAGAUGCGGACCAUCGGUUACGACCCCAUCAUCCCCCCUGAGGUGACCGCUCAGUUUGGAGUUGAGCAGUUUCAACUGGAAGAAAUCUGGGAGCAGUGCGAUUAUAUCACAGUACAUACUCCCCUCCUACCCUCUACUACAGGGCUGAUAAAUGACGCCGCAUUCGCAAAGUGCAAACGGGGAGUAAAAGUUAUAAAUUGCGCUAGAGGGGGCAUCAUCGAUGAGGCGGCACUGCUAAGAGCGUUGCAGAGUGGGCAGUGUGGCGGAGCUGGGUUGGAUGUAUUUGUAGAGGAGCCUCCCAGAGAUCGAGCCUUAGUGGAGCACCCCCUGGUCAUUAGCCUCCCCCACCUCGGGGCCAGCACGGAGGAAGCACAGAAUCGCUGCGGGGAAGAGAUCGCUCAACAAAUUGUCGACCUGGUGAAGGACCGAGCGCUGGUGGGAGCUGUCAACGCACCGGCUCUAUUCAGAGCAUUCUCGCCUGAGACCAAACCAUGGAUCCAGCUGGGGGAGGCAAUGGGAAGUCUUCUUCAGACCCUGUUUCCCAAGAUCAGUGGGAGCGUCCAGGUCAAAACAUCUGGUGAUCUCCUGAAGGAUGCUGGGAGUUUCCUCUGUUCGGCAGUGACGGUUGGUCUGCUACGGGGGAACAAGGAGAAAAUCAACCUCGUUAAUGGAUCUCUAUUCGCCAAAAGCACAGGGAUUCAGGUCAGCUCCCAGCAUUCCACAGGCGCAGGAGAAACAAGACUGGAGGUGUCUGGGGAAGGUAUCCAGCUAGUUGGGGGUUUGAGUGAUUCCAUUCCAUGUCUCCUAAAGAUUGGAGCCUCAGAAUUCCGCAGCCCCGUUACACUCCGCGGCACUCUGCUCCUAUGGGAGGGGUCUGCCCCACUUCUGAAACUGACAGAAAUCCUUUCUGAGGCUGGAAGCCAACUAGAGAUGCUUCAUGUUUCAAAUGGACACAGCGUAGCUGGAAUAUCUUCCCCCGUCUCGGAUCUGUCCCUUCUAGGACCGUGCGUGCAGAUCACCCUGUGACCACCCUGUCCAGUGACCCCUCUGCACAUUUCCUUUUUUUGACUUGUAUAAGUGUGAAAUAGCCUGUAAUUAGCAAAUAAACCAUUCCAGUUUACCUCAA